CACUGGUGGCCCGCGUAAGCUGCGGCGUAAGGUCCCUGUGUCAUGAUCGUCGCUCAUUUUGGCUCAAGAAGGCCGGCUGCGAACCCGCUCCCCCCGAGCCGGCGGACGGCGCCGGUGUUGCGGCGCCAUGGGUGGCCUCUCGCGCCUCGUCGCCUCCCUGGGCGCGCUCCUCCACGCGGACGUGCGGGGCGCGGUCGCCUAUGUGGACGUGAUGUCCGCGGACGGCGGCCUCGAGGCCGCUGAGCCUCGCGUGCUGCGCGGCCCCCCCGCCGCGAACGGAACGGAGGCGCCAGCGCCCGGCAGGCGGCUGGAGGCUUCCCAGGGCUGCCAGCGUUGCUGCAGGGAGGAGGAGUGUGACCUGGCGUGGAAGGGCAUGGCGCAGGGGCUGUGCUGCACCAGAGGCUCCGAGGUCCAGGCUUCGGAGAUGUACUGCUGCCCGAGCUCCAACGGCUGUGGCCCAGCCUUCCAGUGCCCCGCGUCUCCGGCAGGAGCGUCAGGCCCAUUUGUGCACCACGGCGGCAACAGCUUCUCCCACAGGUCACCCGGGCUCCUGGGCAUGCUCCUCCCGCUGCUUCUGCUAGUCUGCGUCUGCUGCGCGCUGAGUCAGCUCUGCAACAAGCAGGGACAUGGCGGCGGCUACGGAGGCGGCCCGACGGGCGGCGGGUACCCUGUGAGCGGCGGCUACGGCGGCUACCCCAUGGGCGGCGGCUACGGUGGAGGCGGCUAUGGGGCCGGCACCGUUGGCGCGGCGGGGCUCGGCGGCCUACUCGGCGGUAUGUUUCUCGGCGAGCAGCUCGCCCACGCCGGCGGCGGGGGCUACGGCUACGGAGGCGAGAUGAUGGACUACGGUGGCGGAGGCGGAGGGUUUAUGGCGGCCGACGGCGGCGGAGGCGGCUUCAUGUCCGCAGACGGAGGCGGCGGCGACUUCUGAGCGGCUGGCCAGCUGGCGCCCCGAUGCUGGGGGGAGGGACUGGGGGAGUAUCAGAAAAGAGGGCGGAGGGGCGCCGCGACCGCCUCGCGCCUGCGUCGCCCAGAGCUGUCCGCUGUCCUGGCCUGCAGCCUUUUCACCCGCUCCCCGGAGCACGCCAGGACGGGCCCAUAUGCCGUUGCCGAUGGCAGGCCAGUAGCCUCUUCCUGUGUCGCCGUGCGCCUGGCUCGUGGCGGUCCGAGACCAUACGGGCUGUCCCCACGCUUCCAGCCCCUACCAUCUCCGGCAGGAGCACGGGCGCGGCUGCCAUGCGCGGGGCGGUCGAGGGCAGUGUUCUCCGGUUGACAGGGCGCCCGGAAGGAAAAAAAAGCUUCAUGUUCCGCCAACCCAGCCCGAUCCGCCUGUUAGGGUCCGCCCGCCCGACCCGCCUGCCCGAAUCGCU